AUGCCGUCUUCCCCACCCCUGCCUCCGUCGCCGCCACAGGCUGAUGCUCCCCCAGGAGACUUUUACCUCAUCGCUCACAAUGCGGCCGUCCAACGCGAGUUCGACCGUCACCAGCUCAGCUGGGCAGUACAGUACGAGCUGGCCCGAGGUGUUGGCAACGGGUGGUGGUCGUGGGAUGCUGUGCGACGAGUGGACCUCUCCAAGCUCAAGGGCCCCAACAUCACUGCCGCACAGGUCCCCGACCUCGUCAACAAGAAGUACGCAGGCAUCGCGACUUUGCGCGAUGCGGAGAUAUGGACGGAGCUGGAUCGCGAACAGGAUGCGCUCAACGAAGGCCGUGCCAGGUCUUUGGGGCUUCAAGGGGACUGGCAGGAAAAGCCGAAUUGGUACGGGGGAAAGGUGCAACAGAUUGCGAGACUGCACGAGCAAGACGGCACGUUCAACCUCGUGCUUGGGAGGAUGCAGUCGCGCAAAUCAUAUCGAUUUGCGCGAUUCCUCUACUCUAGGCGUCUUCUCCAAGUGUCUAUCCCCAAGGACCUCGUCCUGAGUCGAGGCGCCGAACUGCGCCAGUUCUUCUUGCGCAAAUUCGUAAUCUGCGGACGAGUCUUUGCUGCGUGCGGCUCGAAGGAUAACAAGGUCUUCCUCAUGGAGACCCCGGAGGACUAUGAACGCGUAGGGAACCAGCUUUGCGACAAGGAUCGCAUCACCGUCGAAGAUUUCGUCAGUUGGCACAACCCACUGGAACUGAAUGGGAAGCAGGCCGUCUCUAAAUACGCCACUCGCUACGAUCUGGGGUUCUCGAUCUCAAUCUUCCACAUCGACGACGAGUAUGCUCCCCACGACACGCCCAAGCCAGAGGCAAAGCACAUCUACACCGACGGCUGCGGCCUCAUGAACGGCGCCGCGCUCAGGGCCAUCGCGCGCGCCAUGAACCUCAGCGAGCGUCCCACCGCGGUGCAAGGCCGCAUCGGCGGCGCCAAGGGUCUCUGGACGCUGCACCCGUCCCCAAGCCUGCAGCAGCCCGACGGCGUUCCCAAGAUCUGGAUCCGCGCCUCGCAGCGCAAGAUCGAGCAGGGCCGGAUCGACGGCAAGCGGCACCCCGCGCACGCGAUCUUCGACCUGCUCGCGCCGCCGCGCGUGACGUGCCCGUCGCGUCUCUCGCGUCUCACCAUACUCAACCUCGCGCACAACGGCGUGGACUCGAGCGUGUUCGUCGAGCUCAUGCGCACGACGCUCGCCGCGGAGCUCGCGCCGCUGCUCGACUGGGACGGGUCCGGGGCGAUGGUCCGCCUGUUCAGCGCGAUCGAGCGCAGGGGCAGCGUCGUGAUGAAGCGCAACGAGGAGGACGAGGUCUUGUGGGAGGCGAUCGGGGACAUGUCCGUGGAGGACCUCGAGGCGCUCGAGGCGCUGGACCCCACGCGGCCGCCGGCGAGUCUGCGCGACCCGACGACGGGCCAGAGCGUCGGGCUGCACGCGGUGGCCAUGGACCUCGUCCAGGCGGGGUUCCAUCCGCUGCAGCUGGAGACCCUGUUCGACAAGCUCAAGUACGUCUGCAAGGAGGUCAUCGAGAGCGUUGUGCGCGACUUCCACAUCUCCGUCCCGCUCUCGGCCGAGGCGUUCUGCAUCCCGGAUCCCACUGGCAGCCUCGAAUUCGGUCAGAUCCAUUUCAAGUCGACCAAGAACCUCAAGGACCCGCUCAAGGACAUGGACCCCAAGAUUGUUCUCGGCGACGUCUUGAUCUAUCGGAACCCUGUCCGCUCGCCUUGGGACGUGCAGAAGGUCACCGCUGUGCGAUGCGAAAAGCUCGCUCAGUACACGGACGUCAUUGUGCUCCCAGCGACCGGUCCCUGCUCGUUCGCUAGUAUACUGGCCGGAGGGGACGUUUGCGUUUGCAUCUACGAUUCCGAGCUCGUCGAGCCAUCCCCUCCGGACUUUAUGCAGAAAAACUUCGAAGACCAGAACGCGAUCCAGCAGGUCUCUGCCUUGGCAGCCGAGCUAGACGGCAUUCAAGAUCGCGACGCCCGUCGCCAGAAGCUGCAAGAAGUUCUGCUCAUGGGCCUUUCUGUGCCGCCUGUGGGGCAGUACUCGGUUUACCACGAGAACUCUGCGUUCGCAAACGGCUACGACGACCCGGAAACUCUGCGCCUCAACUGGAUGUUCACCACUAUCCUAGAUUCCCGGAAGACGGGCCACCGUGUGCGAGAGGAAGUAACGAAGAAGGACAAGAAGACGUACGACCGCCUCCGCCCGCCUUCUCUGCCGUCGAAGGGGGACGCGGAGUACAACAUGGUGCCCAUUAUCCGCAAAAAGCACCUCAAAUCGUUCGUGCUCGACGACCUGCACAAGGCGGGGAAGGAUAUGAAAGACGAGCGCCUGAAGAUGUACGAGGGGAUCCAGCAGGGGCACAAGGGCGGCAUUGGCGGCGACCGCCAUGACAAGGAGCUCCUCGCGCCGUACCUCCGCGCGGAGCCGCACCGCCUGCACCCUGCCCUGGCGCGGGACCUGGACGCGCUCGAGGCGCACAUCGAGAGCCACAUCAAAAAGUGGACGACGCUCUCUGCGAAGACGGGUGCUGCGAAGAAGGAGGGGCGCGGGAAGGGCGGCAAGGGCGGCAAGGAGGCUGCGGCGAGCAAGUCCGCGGAGACCCGGCGGGCGUACGACGAGCUCGCGCGGGAGUUCGCGGCGGGCCCGGACCUCCCCGCGGACUCGCUGCUGGUCGCGUUCGGGGACGUGGGCGGGCUGCGGGCGUCGUGGGCGUACCGGAAGAACGCCAAGUUCGCGUGGAGCGUCGCGUUCGGGGCGCUGUGCGCGAUCAAGGCCAGCACGCGCGAGCCGGCGGCGGUCGCGGGCGAGUUCGCGGAGCUGAUGGCGAUCCCGCAGAGCGCGCUGCGGGUGCUCGAGCAGGCCGGCUGCUGCAGCGCAGGACUAGGUCGUCGAGCGGGUCGGCAUACGAAAAGCAUCAUUAUGCCCACGCUGAAAGCCAGCCAAGGCAAGGCCCAGUCGGACGCGCGGGUGUUGAAGUGA